UUGGAGAAAUAACUGAAUAUAGACCCAACCCAACCCAACCCAACCCAACCCUUGGAACAAUAACACUCCUCCUAUAGGCUAAACCAAUCCCACAUCUCCAUCAAAAUCUUCUCUCAACUCAAAUCUCUCCAUCCCAACAACAAAAAUCAAAACUUGAAUUGGAGAUUCAGCCAAUCAAAAGAAGAUGGGUCUAUCAAAUCUACCAGCUCCAGCAGAUGGAGUUCUAUGUGUUAUACUAGUGAACACGGCUCAAUCAAUCUCAAUAUUUAAGGGUAUGCUUUUUUUUAUUCUUCAAAUUAUAGGAAUUCAUUUACAAUCAUCGACGGAAUCGGUGCAGAAUUCAUCCGGACAGUGCGAUUUACAUAUUACAUCGGAUACUUUAGUAGAGCAGUUGAGAAAAAAGAUUCCUUCGAUUCCGUUUAGUUCUUUAAUUAACGGUGGUAGUUGCGAUACUCGGUCUGAAUUACACGACUGCACGGUUUGUUUGAACCGGUUCCAACCAGAUUCCGAAGUGAAUCAUUUGAGUUGUGGUCAUUUUUUUCAUAAAGAUUGUUUGGAGAAAUGGUUGGAUUAUUGGAAUAUAACUUGUCCUCUUUGUAGAACACCUCUGCUUUCAGAUGAAGAUCAAUCAGUUGAUGAUGAUGAUGAUGAUCAAGAAACUUAUUCUUGUCUUUGGAAUGGAAAUUGAUUGAGAAAAAAUUGCACCGGAAGAGAAGAAUUAAGACAGAAAUACCCAUCGAUAUAGUCUUUUAUAUACGUCUAUACCACUCCCUUAUAGAAUCUAAGAACAUGGGUAAAAGUCUCUAAUUUUUCUAGUAGUCUUUUGUAAAAGAAACAUAGUCGAGUGUUGCGAUUAUGAGUCAGGUUGGUUGGAAGGUCUGAUUGCUGGCCCUAGAUUGGAUAUACUUUUUAUAUGUCCAUGAAAGUGAGCUGUUUUAUGUAUGUUUUUCAAGUUUUUUUUUUUUUUUUUUUUUUUUGUAUGUCAUUCCAGAGCAUCUAUGUACAAAGUAUAUUACAGAGAAAUUUACUUAGUUGUGAUGAAUUAGUUUCUCU